AUGCUUGAAUCAGGACAGUCAUUUCCGGAAGACGAAGAGGAAUGCCAUUUUGGAUUAAAAGCAUACACUAAAACACGGCAAAAAAUGCAUGAAAUGGCUGUUAAACAAAAACUCAUCACUGAACAGGAUCCGAAAGGUCAUGGAUUUCUCCACUUAUCAUCCGAGGAAAAACGGGCCUUACUUCAGGAGGGCUACAAAUUGCCCACUAUGUUGCCAUUAACAAAAUCUGAGGAGAAUGCACUAAAAAUUAUCAGACGGAAAAUUAAAAAUAAGUUGUCUGCACAGGAAAGUCGUCGUAAACGAAGGGAAUAUAUGAAUGCGCUUGAAAAGAGAAUUCAAUAUUACCGCGCUGAAAAUUCAGCACUAAAAUUAAAGUUGAAAGACUUGGAACAAAGGAAUCGUAGUUUGGCUAUUGAAUUAAGAAAUUUCAAAACAACAAUGGCAUCAAAUCACAACACGGAAUAUCAUCCAUCAUGUCCAACGCCUAAUGCUACAACGAUUAACUGA